AUGUCAACGGACGCUCCCCAGCCGGUUGUUACAGUCCGUUGCGCUUCUACAGCCUUAUCCUCUUGUUCCCGCAGGGACCAUGACUGGGUUGAUGCGCGUCAAGUAUUCCAUCUUGUCCUUGUCGUUGUCCUGAUUUUGGUCUUGUCUUUGUCACGGGCGGCGGUAGCGUGGACAGCCUCGUCACCUCACGUUCGUUCCGACGGAGGGUCUGACUCGGGAGUCCAAGUCAGCGACCAUUCCCCGGAGCCCGGGGCUCGGGUCCACCUCGGACGUCAAGGAGGAAUCACGUCAAUGGGCGUUUUGUAUCUUCUUAUUGCUGCUGCCUCCGCUCUUGGAUUCCAAGCGAGAGGCGCAUGUAUCAGGGUGUGGACCACAGACUUGGUGUUGCGAGAGGUCACCUUGUGGCAUCGCGGCUGCGGACUCCCGCCUCUGCUCGAUCCUGCUCCUUGGGAUCGCGGUCCUGGCCCAGGUACCUGGCCAACCCACGCUAACCAGCUUCUCAAACGGCCGCCAAAGUAUGUGCUUCCACGGGUAAGGUUCCCACCAUCGACCAGCGGCCGCACACAGCGCCUGGUCCUCGACCUCCAGCAUGUACUCGCCCUCACUCAGCGCCGCAACAAAGUCCCUGAACUCGGCCUCGUCCGUCUGUCUGGCGAGAUCCGAGUGCUGCGUCGACGCAUCGUUGGGCAUGUGGUGCGCCAUGACAAGACGCCGCGUGAGGUCGAGGAGGAUCUCGCUGCCCUCCCUGAGGUCUGA